UUCCGGUCUCACUUGGCUGGGGGUCGCUUUGGCUGGUUUGGGGCUGCUUCGCCUGAGGUCUGAGGUAAGCGGAGGCGGAGAACUCGAGCGGGAGCGCUGUCCUCGCUGCACAGAGGUUCCAUGGACGCAGACGUGCUUAAUCACCCUACAGAGGGUAGUAUAACCUUUGAGGACGUGGCCGUGUACUUCUCCUGGGAGGAGUGGGCUCUCCUUGAUGAGGCUCAGAAACUCCUGUACUGCGACGUGAUGCUGGAGAACUUUGCGCUUGUAGCCUCUCUAGGUUGUUGGUGUGAAUUGGGAGAUGAGGAGGCACCUUCUGAGCAGAAUGUUUCUUUAGAAGAACUGUCACAGGUGUCGUUGACCUUUAAGUACUUGGCCAUGACCUUCACUUGGGAGGAGUGGGGGCAACUGGACACGGCCCAGAGGACCCUGUAUCGGGAGGUAAUGCUGGAGACCUGCGGGCUCCUGGUCUCACUAGGGUAUCCUGUUCCCAAACCAGAACCGAUCCACCUGCUGGAGAAUUAGCAACAUCUUUGCAUGGUGAAGAGAGGCCUCUGCUAAAGUUCCUGUCCAGAUAGACCUCUCUCUUGGAUCCUCAUUUCUCCUGUCAAUGAAGAUCUUUCACCUGGGAUCACCUUCCAUCGUCCUUAAAUAGAAUAUCCUUAGAUAAGAAUUUCAUUUUAUGCAGGUUAAUUUUACAUUAAACUUCUCAUUUUUGA